AUGACCCUGCUCAAGCUGUCCCUCAUGGCCUUCAGCUUCGUCUUCUGGGCAGCGGGGCUGACCAUGCUCAUCAUCGGCCUCUGGGCCAAGGUGUCUCUGGGCAGUUACUUGGCGCUGUCGGCCAGUGACUACCCCAGCGCCCCCGCCAUCCUCUUGGCCACCGGCGUCGCUGUCAUCAUCUGGGGCUUCCUGGGAUGCUUCGGCGCCGCUACGGAGCACCGGGGACUCCUGCGCGCCUACAGCGCCUUCCUGGCCGCCGUGCUGGCGGCCGGGCUGGCGGCCGGGCUCUCGGCGCUCCUGUACCGCCAGACGCUGGCGCAGGGCUUCCAGGAGGGGCUGCGCCGGGCGCUGCUGGCCUACGGGGAGGACGACGGGGUGGCGGACGCCCUGGACGCGCUGCAGCGCGCCUUGUCCUGCUGCGGUGUGGAGAGCUACCGCGACUGGCUGGCCUCGCCCUGGGGGCUGGAGCAGAACGGCUCGGUGCCCCUGAGCUGCUGCCGGGCCCGCCGCGGCUGCCAGCGCAGCCCGCCCGACGCGCGCAGCCUGCACCGCGACGGCUGCUUCGGCACCGUGUCCGCCUUCGUCGGCAGCAACAUGUUUUAUGUUGCCAACGCUGCCCUGGGGCUGGCGCUGCUGCAGCUCGUCGGUAUUGUGCUGGCCUGCCUGCUGGCUGCCCGCGUCCCUGCCCACCUGCUGGGCAUCACCACCCCUCGCUGA